UUUUGCCAAGGAAGCCCAGGCAGCGUUUAAUUGCAGAGUGCAAAAGGCUUUAGUUGGGCUAAUGAGCUCAGCACCGGAGCUGGGACUCUUCCACGCACUCUCUGACGGACAGAAAAAAAACAUACGGAGUCCUUCACCGGAGGAGCUUCACGGGGCGGCUGGAUUUGAGGUGGAGGGGAGAGAAGGAAUUUAUAAACUCAGGUACAGCCUACUAUGUUUGAGAGAAUGUACCAGAGGCAAGAGACGGAGUAAGAGGUGGAGAGAGAGAGAGAGAGAGAGAGAGAGAAAGGAGAGCGGGAGAGGGGAGGGGAGGAAACGGGAAAUACACAGCCAGAGAGUGAGUGAGAGAGAGAGAGAUAGAGAGAGAGAGAGAGAGACACAAGAAGCCUGCAGCAGCAAAUGAGACAGAACAACGAGGCGGGAGAGGUAGAAAGAGAGACACAGAGGGAGGUGGAGAGGGGCCCCUUGUAGGAGAGAGGGCUAGAGGGUGAGGAAGAAGAAGAAGGAGUAGAAAGAAAGUUAGAAUUAAGUAAAGAAAAAGAAGGUCCAGGGGAAGGGAAAGAACGGGCAGCAGAGAUUAACAACUACAGGAGAGCAGGAGAAGGGAAACAACAGACAGGAAGGAAGGGGAGGGAGGGAGAAGUCUUGGGCAGAGCAGGAAAAAAAAAAGAGCUGAAGAAAAAGUUUUUCUUGUGGGAAGACGCAGAUGAGGAAAACAGAGCGAGUGAAUGACUGGGCUGGAGAGAGCAGGGACGGGAGGGAAACAGCUCUUUUCUAAGGCGUUUUCCACACGAGACACUGGACAUCUUUGGACAUGUACACAGAAACAACGGGACACCAUCGAUUCCUCCAGCACAUCAACACCUCCGCCCCCUGCUCCUGCCAGCACUGCGUCCACUAUGAGGAGCCGUUCCACCAUCACGCUGGGCUUGGAUACCCACCAGCGGGAUCAGCCAGACAGACGGACCACCCAUCUCUGGACUGCAGGAGAGACUUACAGGCUCCUCGGUUUAAAGACGUAGGAGGGAGAGCUUUCCCAGUGGACGGAUUUGAGAGAAGUGGUCAUCGCAGCCCACAGAGGAGGCCUGUGUUUGCAGGGCCGGGCCCUCACAGCCAGUCAGGAGACGACUUGAGCCAAGUUCACCCCUGGGAGGUGAACCCUGCCCAGUGGAGCUACCCGCCGGAGCCUGGGGUGAGACACUACCCGUCUGUCAGAGAACAGUGUGGCUGUGUGGUGCGUGGCGACUCCUGGACACACCCCUUUAACGCCGGGAUACCACAUCCUCUGCCUCAUCUUCAGGGCAAAGGUCAAGGGUACAGGCACAGGAGGACUAUCCGGUAUGUUUCAGUGGAUGAGGAACGGGAAGCCUAUGGAUGCAACUGUCAUUUGGAGUCGCACAAUUACAAUGUGGGUCAUUCUAGCAUGCCAAAUGGCCACUGUGGACCAAGGCCUGUGUUCUUUGAGGGAGGGGAGGGAAGAGAUAGCCAUCAGGACCCGGGACAACUGAAGGGUGGAUCAGAGGAGGGCUGUAAUGGACGUGAAGACGCUCACAAAGGGUUUUUCCCCACCGAAGUCCCACAAAAACAGUUAAAGCAGAGCAGACAGAAGGGGCCCUACGUCCCUCCCUCUGGCAUCACCAUCCCAGAGCCCCCAAAGUCGACGGCAUCCAAUGACGACCAGCAUCAGCCGCAGAGUUCGGAGGUGGUGAAGCAGAAGAGAAGGCAGGAUUUGGUGAGAGAUCAGAUCAGACAAGUGGUGACGGAUCUGGAGGAUGUGUUGGGUGGGCUGAAGCAAGUUCAUGUGGAGAUGAAAGAGGUGGUCCAGCAGAUCGAUCGUCUCACAGCCAGUAUCGACCUCAAUGAGGAGACACCCUGCAUCACUCAGGGGUUCUCUGGUAGCUUUCAUGGCUCAGUUCCUCCAGGUGACCUCAAGGUGGCUCUUCUGCCCAAUCACAAACCGGCUCCUGCACCAAUGUCGCACCAAGUCGAUGAAGAACGUAUCAUCUUAAGGACUAACUCGCCCUCACCUGUUCACGUGGCUUCUGUCGUCAAAACCAGCCGCUUCACCCCACCGAGCCAAAAUAAGGACAUCAAGCACGAGAGGCCUGGUGUCAACGGCCACCCGCCUCACCUGUGUCCUCCCAGAGACUCAAACCACGUUGGACAAACUCAUCCAGACCCUCCUCCUCACAGCCUAGACCCCAAAGUCAUUAUUGGUAACAGCACCUCAAAUUCAAGAACUCAGAAGCCGCCACUGUACCCACAAAAUGGGCGAUGCGGCAAAGGCCCAUACCUGCCUCCAAAGCCUGUGAGGACCCCUGCCUACCCGGGGGGGAGGGGCCGCCAGAGUGCCAGCAUAGUGUGAAGAAGGGAGGGGCCGUCUGCCCCGAUGCCAUGGGGGCCUGAAACAUGAGACCCUGCUGCAGCAAGUGGAGGUCAGAGUGGGACCAGGCAGGGGAACAACUCAUGGAGGAGCUGAUGCCAGCGAGACGAGCUGUCAGCCAGUGGAAACAGAGCACGGCCUGAAGGUGGGGGUAUUUCCAAAGGGAAAACUCCCCCCAAGAGUCAACCCACGACUGUAUGUCACACACGCACAGAAGCAUAGAGGAGGGGAAGACAAACGUCUCUGGAGAAUAUCUACUUUUGCUGUUUACUGGGUGACGUAGUGUCAAAUGAAAUGUGAACUGCUACUCAACAUCCACCAGUAGAAACAUAAACAUAUCUCUUCAUGACAGUGUUUAUUUAUUUGUACUGUUUUAUAAUGCAAAGAAAUCUAUUUUCAGGCAGCUUACACCUCAUGUAUGCUAUGUUAGGAUUUACAAAAAAAUCCACAAUAUUGUAAAGAUAUUUUACAAAUAAAGAGUUGAGACUUUU